AUGUUCGCUCACAGACCUACACAAUCCGAGAGUUUCUCUUCAAGAUAUGGCGCAGGCAAAUCACAGAAGGUCAAAAAGUCUUUCAAAGAGGCAUCAAUCUCGACUGGUCUACGACGGGGAGACUCGGUGAGGUCGCCAUCGUCGAAACAACCUACAAGUCCAUCGGCUGGAAGCACGCUGACCUCUCCGAUAAUCACGCUUUGCGUUGGCCCGGAGCAGCGCCUCUUUGCGGGUCAUGAAGAUAUACUCUGCCGUUCGCCGUUCUUCGGCACUGCAUGCCGAGGGCAGUUCUACGAUGGAUCGUCACGUCGUAUCAAUCUUCCAGACGAACAGCCUGAAAUUCUCUCGGCUGUUCUCGAGUAUCUUUACAAAGGUGACUAUUCACCAAAGCUUAUCCACAACAAACGAAAGGAUACCUGGGAGCUUGAGGAUGGCAACAGAUACGAGCCCACCAUCUACCACCAUGCUAUCAAGCAAGCCUUACUCAAAGAUACUGCCAUUUAUUGUGCCGCAGAACGCUACGGUCUUGACGACCUGAAACGCCUCGCCCUGCGCAAGCAAGGCUUACAAUCCAACGUGGCAGUUGCAACCAUUCUGACUUCUGCUCGAUGGGCAUACGCGCACACUCCUGACAGCGACUCGAAGCUUAGGGCGCACUUCCUAACUCUCAUCAUCCGCAGCCGCAACACCUUCAAGCGAAGUGGUACUAUGGCACAGGAGAUGGAGCAGGGCGGCAAGCUAUUCUUUGAUCUCUUCGUGGCGAUGUGUAACCAUAUGGACGAUCUACAAACUGUCCGCUCUCCUUUCUCUCGCUAG